CAUGGCAUUUUUUUUUCGGGACAUUGCUAAUCCUUCUCUUCUUAUUCAUCAUAAUAAGGGAUGCAAAGUCAGACGAAAACAAAGCGCACCAAACUUUUAUCCGUUAUAGGAGACGAGGACACGGUUUGUGGUUUUCUGUUGGCAGGUAUUGGAGAAGUGAACCAGCAUAAAGAAUCCAAUUAUUUUGUUGUGAAGAAGGAUACGCCAGUUUCUGCGAUAGAAGAGACCUUUAAACGAUUUACGAGUAGUGAAGAUAUUGCUGUGGUGAUUAUCAAUCAACAUGUUGCUGAGAAAAUUCGUGAUCUAGUGUACAGUUACCGUGCUCCGAUUCCUGCAGUGUUAGAGAUACCUAGCAAAGACCAACCUUAUGACUUAUCACAAGACUCGACAGUGAAAAGAGUAAGACAAAUGUUGGGUUUAGGUGCCUAAUGAAUAAAACUUUGAGUUGCUUCAUCUCGAAUACAUACAUAUAUAGAUAUAUAUAUAUAUAUAAAUAAAUUUCAUCCAUUGGAG